AUGGCAACUCCAUCCUCCCCAACAAGUCACCGACACCGCACCCGACUCUCUGAUGAUCACGGUGUCUAUGAUGAUGCCAGGACCUACUAUACUUCAGAGGAACGUCAUGUCAAUAAGGCUGGAUCUCGUAUGCGUACUUAUUCGCAGAAUAGCCUUCUGAAGCAACUUGAACGUAUUGGUUUGAAAGAGCCGUUUCGGCGUGGUAGUCACGAUGUGAAUGCUGUCACCCUUAACCGUCGUUUCCUUGUCGAUGUCGAUUCAACUCUCGAGAGUCUUCAACAGCAGGAAGACACUGACCAGAAUAUGCAAAUCACCAUUGAAGAUGAGGGCCCCAAGGUCCUCACCUUGAGAACUGCUGGCUCUGCUGGUUAUAAUCGCUUUGACGUCCGGGGUACCUAUAUGCUCUCCAACCUACUGCAGGAGCUAGUUCUUGCAAAGGAAUAUGGCCGGAAACAGAUUGUUCUCGACGAAGCCAGACUCAACGAGAACCCGGUCAACCGACUAUGCCGACUGAUCCGUGACCAUUUCUGGGAAGGCCUCACCCGGAGAAUCGACGCUUCGACCAUCGAAAUUUGUGCCAGGGACCCCAAGGAUUGGACGAAGAACCCCCGACCGCGAAUAUACGUUCCUCCGGGAGCUCCGGAACAGUAUGAAUUCUACAAGAAAGUUGCCAAGGAUCGACCAGAGCUCGAGCUCGAUGUCCUGCUACUGCCCGAAAAGAUCACAUCCCAUUUGGUCCGGGACAUGAAUGCCAAGCCUGGUUUGUUAGCGGUCGCCAUGGAAAAGGUCAAAGACAAGGAAACGGGCGAAGAAUCUUUGAAAGGUGUACCUUUCAUUGUUCCUGGUGGCCGUUUCAACGAACUGUAUGGUUGGGACAGCUACAUGGGCGCCCUGGGCCUUCUGAUUCAUGAUGAGGUAGAGCUGGCUAAGUCCAUCGUCGUCAACUUCUGCUUCUGUAUUCAGCACUACGGCAAGAUUCUCAACGCCACACGUUCGUACUUCCUGUUGAGGUCGCAGCCUCCUUUUCUCACCGACCUGGCUCUCCGGGUGUACGAGAAGAUCAAGCACGAGCCUGAUGCCAAAGACUUCCUCCGCACGGCCCUGCUUGCUGCCAUCAAGGAGUAUCAUAACGUUUGGGUGGCCGAGCCGCGCUUAGACGCCGUCACCGGGCUGUCCAGGUAUCGGCCAGAGGGCCUGGGAGUUCCCCCCGAGACUGAAGCCAACCAUUUCGUUCAUGUGCUCACUCCCUACGCCCAGAAACACGGCAUGACAUUCGAGGAGUUCGUGCAGGCCUAUAACGACGAGAAGGUCAAUGAGCCUGAGCUGGACGAGUAUUUCCUGCAUGACCGGGCCGUGCGCGAAUCCGGCCAUGACACCUCGUACCGACUCGACAAGGUGUGCGCGAACCUGGCAACGAUUGAUCUCAACUCGCUGCUGUUCAAGUACGAGAUGGACAUUGGUCGAACGAUCCGCAAUGUCUUCAACGAUCGGCUCGUCAUUCCCGAGGAGUUCGGCGUGGGGUCGCUUAAGCCCGGCACCGUGGAGACGUCGGCCAUUUGGGACCGGCGCGCGAAGCGCAGAAAGUUGGCCAUGGAUCGAUACCUGUGGAACGAGGCGGAGGGGAUGUACUUCGACUACGACACGGUCAAGAAGGAACAGUGCGUGUACGAAAGCUGCACUACGUUUUGGGCUCUCUGGGCGGGAGUGGCUUCGCCUAAGCAGGCGGCCGCGAUGGUGCAGAAAGCUCUUCCCAAGUUUGAGACGUUGGGUGGUCUCGUCUCGGGUACUGAGGAGUCUCGCGGGGAGAUCUCGCUGGAGCGGCCGAAUCGGCAGUGGGACUACCCAUACGGCUGGGCACCGCAGCAGAUCCUGGCCUGGACGGGUCUCGUUCGGUAUAGCUUCGUCGAAGACGCGGAGCGGCUCGCUUACAAGUGGCUUUUCAUGGUGACCAAGGCGUUCGUGGAUUUCAACGGCGUAGUGGUGGAGAAGUACGACGUGACGCGACCCGUCGACCCGCACCGAGUAGACGCCGAGUACGGUAACCAGGGAUUGGAUAUCAAAGGUGUUGCCAAGGAAGGGUUUGCCUGGGUGAAUGCAAGCUACAUCUACGGCCUUCAGAUUGUCAACGCGCACAUGCGACGAGCUCUCGGCACACUGACGCCAUAUGAGACUUUCGUCAAGGCGGUUGAGCAAAUGCAAGAGAAGGAUCUUGCCGAACUCGAGUAA